GCCAACAACGUCCCAAAAAAAAAAAAAUCUUGCUUUUCUUUUUUUCUAUUCCCACAUUUUCUCCGCAACCAAGCAGGGUCUUAGUGUUUCCAUCACGGAACUGGUUUUCUCUCUCAGAUCGAAGAGAAAAUUGAUAUGGGGUUCUUGGUAACAACCCUAAUUUUCGUAGUGAUUGGGAUCAUUGCGUCUCUGUGCACUAGAAUUUGCUGCAACAGAGGACCCUCUACUAAUUUGUUCCACCUAACAUUGGUUAUUACAGCAACAGUCUGCUGUUGGAUGAUGUGGGCGAUUGUAUAUCUUGCGCAGUCGAAACCGCUCAUAGUCCCAAUUCUGAGUGGAGAAUGAAGUUGUGUUGAACACCAUACGGUGUGCAUUAUUGGUAAAACAACAGUAUGAGUUAUGGAUUGGCUAGCAAAGGAUCUAAUUUUGGUUUCUUGCGUCAUUCGGUAUCUUCUUGUGUGUAAUUCUUGUCGGAGCAUGAAUCUUGAACUGGUUUUGCAUUGUUGCUCAACAUUUCAUGCAAUAAAAUUGUUAUAUAUUUACCCUUCA